AUGUCAUUCGACGGAUUCCAGCGCUACUACCUCGACAGGAAAAAGACUGUGGCGAUGAAUUUCAUAAAGAGGUAUGGCUCCCACGCUCCUUUUAUGUAUCCUAGUUUUCCCUCGAAGACAAUUCCUAACCAUUAUGCCAUUGUGACGGGUCUCUAUCCUGAAUCGAAUGGCAUCGUUGAAAACAAGUUUUACGACCCGCAAAUGAAAAAAUACUUUUCAAUGAAAGACGACAGUUACAAAGACCCAGCUUGGUGGAAGGGCGAACCGAUAUGGAAUACGGCGCAGAAUAACAAGAUGAAAUCUGCGACCCAUAUAUGGGCAGGUUCUGAAGUCAAAAUUCAAGGAAAACAACCAUCCUAUUUUGCUGAAUAUGACCCAAAAUUUAACUUCACAAAAAAAGUAGACAAAAUCAUCGAAUGGCUGAAUUAUAACGAUACGGCGCGUCCCUCAGUGAUCAACGCUUAUUUCAAUGAGCCAGAUUUGGUAGGACAUAAAUAUGGCCCAAAUUCGGAAGAGAUAAACGCCAUAUUAAAAACGGUUGAUGGCAUACCUGAUUACCUAAUGUCAAGCCUGCUGAAGAACAAUCUUUUUAAUUGCCUGAACAUAAUCAUUUUGGCCGACCAUGGUAUGCAGAAGGUACACAAGGGGUUUUUCAGCAUUCAUCAGUACAUCCCCGACACAAAAGGCAUGGUGAUUUCUGACGGAGGUCCACUGACCAGAAUCUUGCUGAACGCCUCAAGUAAAUCAGUUUUGCCAUGCGGUAUUAAGUUUAAAAUGAGUUAAUA